AUGAGCAGCAGCAGCAGCAGCAGCAGCAAGAGCAGCAAAGAGAGAAAGAAGGAGACAGAAGGAGACAGCUGGGGGGGGGCCCCUGAGGCUCAUGGUGGGGUUGUUGUAGUGUCUCCUUUUGCUGCAGCGGGGGCCCCUGGAGGUGCAGCAGCAAAAGAGCAGCAGCAAAGUUCGCGCUGCUGCUGCAGAGACAAAAAGAGAAAAAACAAAAAUGAGAAAAGCAAAAGACAAAAGAGACAAAGGAGACACUUGGCGCGCUGCAGUGUCUAG